AUGCCCAAGAUAACCAGUACUCGCCGUCAACCUCGCCGAGGUCCAAUCCGGGCCGCACCCCCCCUCUCGCCACCAGCAAGUCAGAACAUAGAUAACACAGCUCCGAAUACAUAUGGUAUCGCUCCCAGUUCUAUGCUGAGCACAUCCACGACGAGAAAUAUAGACCAUGCGGACGGUGAAGGUGCAAAGCUCCUCAAGCAAGCAGAGGCACUUGCAAACAUGAGUGUUGAAGUAAAUCUCCGCGCUCUCUCGACACUUGCAUACAAACUCCAAGAUGACGUCAAGAAACUUGUGCUCCAAACUUCUGACGAUCAAGAAUUCAGGCGUAAGAACGAAGAAAGAAUGACUAGAAUAAUGUACGAAAUUCAGACGGUCAAAUCGUUCAUGGCUCCUUUGCAAGGCCAGCCACCAGCCACCCGAGCCGAUAUCGAAAGGUUACAACAGAAGAUGAGAGAAACUUCAACCAGGUGGCAUAAUCGAGUCGAAGAUAUGGAGGUCAAACUGGAUACGUUCUUGAAGGGGACGAGGCAACCCCCAAGGCCAGUUGUCACGAAGACGACCAACCCAGAUCCGAUUACACCUGAUACUAUGGGCAGAGAGACACGUGCGAUGGAGAAAGCAAAGGCACAUGUCCAACCAAACAUUCCAAAACAACAAAGUGGGUGA